GCCCGGCCGCCGCUCCCGCCUCGCAGCCGCCGCCGCCGCUCCCGCCCGCCGAGCCGCGCCGGGCCAGCCCUGUGCAUUGUGGUCCGUCGGCGGCGGGGGGCGAACAUGGCCGAGAAGCAGAAGCACGACGGGCGGGUGAAGAUUGGCCACUACGUGCUGGGAGACACGCUGGGGGUCGGCACCUUCGGCAAAGUCAAGAUUGGUGAACACCAGCUGACGGGGCACAAAGUAGCAGUAAAAAUACUCAACCGACAGAAAAUACGCAGCCUGGAUGUGGUUGGGAAGAUCAAACGAGAAAUUCAAAACCUUAAACUCUUCCGGCACCCUCAUAUUAUCAAACUGUACCAGGUCAUCAGCACGCCAACAGACUUCUUCAUGGUCAUGGAAUAUGUAUCUGGCGGAGAAUUAUUUGAUUACAUCUGUAAGCACGGACGUGUUGAAGAGGCAGAAGCUCGACGCCUUUUUCAGCAGAUUCUCUCUGCGGUGGAUUACUGCCACAGACACAUGGUUGUCCACCGAGACCUGAAACCAGAGAACGUGUUGCUGGACGCACACAUGAAUGCAAAGAUCGCCGAUUUUGGCUUGUCCAACAUGAUGUCAGAUGGUGAAUUUCUACGCACCAGUUGCGGUUCCCCAAAUUAUGCAGCCCCUGAAGUCAUCUCUGGAAGGCUGUACGCUGGCCCUGAGGUGGACAUCUGGAGCUGUGGCGUUAUCCUCUACGCCCUUCUCUGUGGCACACUGCCUUUUGAUGACGAGCACGUCCCCACCCUCUUCAAGAAGAUCCGGGGGGGUGUGUUUUACAUCCCAGAAUACCUCAACCGCUCCGUUGCCACUCUUCUCAUGCACAUGCUGCAGGUUGACCCCCUAAAGCGAGCAACCAUCAAAGACAUCAGGGAACACGAGUGGUUUAAGGAGGAGCUGCCCAGUUACCUGUUCCCAGAGGACCCUUCCUAUGAUGCCACUGUCAUCGACGACGAUGCGGUCCGGGAAGUUUGCGAAAAGUUUGAAUGCACAGAGUCAGAGGUGAUGAACAGCCUGUACAGUGGUGACCCUCAGGACCAGCUGGCAGUGGCUUACCACCUCAUCAUAGACAACCGCAGGAUCAUGAACCAAGCCAGCGAGUUCUACCUUGCCUCCAGCCCCCCCACCGGCUCUUUCAUGGAUGACAGUGCCAUGCACAUCCCUCCUGGGGUGAAGCCGCACCCUGAGCGGAUGCCACCAUUGAUAGCAGACAGUCCCAAAGCACGAUGUCCUUUGGAUGCCCUCAACACCACCAAGCCAAAACCUCUGACUGUCAAAAAGGCCAAGUGGCACCUGGGAAUCCGCAGCCAGAGCAAGCCGUAUGACAUUAUGGCUGAGGUCUACCGUGCUAUGAAACAGCUGGACUUCGAGUGGAAGGUGGUGAACUCUUACCAUCUCCGAGUGCGCCGCAGGAACCCGGUGACGGGUAAUUAUGUGAAGAUGAGCCUGCAGCUCUACCAGGUUGACAACCGCAGCUAUCUCUUGGACUUCAAAAGCAUCGACGAUGACGUGAUGGAGCAGAGGUCCGGCUCGUCCACGCCGCAGCGCUCGUGCUCCGCCGCUGGCUUGCAGCGCCCAAGGCUGAGCAUCGAUGCCGCCGCAGCUGCCGAGUGCCAGUCACUGAUGGGCUCCCUGAGCGGUUCCUUUGUCGGCAGCAUCCCCUCAGUGCCACCGCGCCUGGGCAGCCACACCAUGGACUUCUUCGAGAUGUGCGCCAGCCUGAUCAUGGCCCUGGCUCGCUGAUGGGCAGCGCCGACGCACCGGUCCCUCUGCACACAGUGUUGCACUGUGAGGAUCUGGUCUGGCUUAUCCGUUCCUUACUGCUUCUGCUUCAUUCCUCCUCCUCCUCUGCCCCUCACUGGUCCACAGCCUGUGACACAGAGCCAAUUCCAGACCCAAAACAUAGUCCCCUCUACGAAGGCACUGGGGAAAUUAAAAAUAACUUCAUUUCACUCCUUAUAUCAUGGUGAAAUGUAGCCAAUACCUUUUUUUCUAGUGAACCAAAUGGGAAAUGUUGGCAUAGCUGUAAAAUAGCAAAUGUAUCACUGAGGUUUUGGAAAACAUCUCCCCCUUGUUGAUCCCAAGUUAACAGCCAUGGCCGAGCUUUCUGCGAUGUAGGUAGCGCACAGUGAGGCUGGUGUUGUAUCCCCUUUGCUGUGCAGAGCAGGGGCAGGAUGGGCUGAACCAGGUCAGAGGGGUUGACCGGGAGCUAUGUGAAAUGGAGCAGGGGGGAGAUGAAGUAACUCUGUGCCGGUGGGGCUGCCAUCCUCUGGUGACACUUUCCUCCUCAACUAGCAGCUGCUUCGACACUUCUGCACUAGUGCAAUACGCCUUCCCUCCCCUAUGUGUGUUGUUUUUUUUUUUUUCCCCUGCUAAAUAUGGGGAGGGAAGGUGGGAUGCAAAGGUCUUGUCACAAACCUGCCAUGGGAAAGCCUCCACAUGUCAAGUCUUGGCAGAGGAGUGUCCCAUCAGAUGGUUUAUUUCCUCCUUCCAAGAGUCCUGGACCUACUCCCCACAUUCAAACAUGAAGGCUGUUUGCUUUUUCUCCAGCCCCUAACCAUCACCCCCCUCCAAGCCGCUCACCCUCUCCACCACCUCCAGGGACCGUAUCCCAAGCAGGAUUUGGAUGAACCACUGAUGGAGGGCAGGAUGCCGACAAGCCACCUGAAACCCAGCGCUUCGCCCACUGUGCACCCAAGGGCUUGGAUCGUCACCACCGGGCAAGAAUCAGCAAGAACGCUCGGCUCCAGAGCGUUUACCUCUCACCUUUCCCAUAGGAAGCCCUCCACGUGCUGUCACCACCCGAAAAUCGCUGCCAAAUCUGCCUUCCCUGCUUGCCGCUUCAUGCCGCUGGAGACUCACUUCUCACGCCGAAGGGCUCCCCUGUCCUGCUGCUGCUCUCCAGGCUGUGACCAUCACCGCUGAUAAGGCAGGGAUAUCUCAAUUCAGACUUUUUCUGUUUCUUUACUAUCUGAAGGGAUAGGGUUUUAUUUUCUAAGACAAUCUGGGGAUUUUUAAGGUUAAAAUUCUUGUUAUUCAAGGGUAAACUUUAAUGCAUGUGUGACUUCUUUGUUUAAAAGAACUGUUGGUUUUGAUUACUUAGGCUUAAUCUAAUGGGCAGCACUGGCAUCUGCUUGGCUUUUCUAUGGUAUUUAAUUCCAUUUACUUGAUUGCAAAAGAACUUAAUAGUCUAAUCAGUCAAGGAACAAAUGCUUUAUGAAAACUUGGCCAAAAAAAUCCUGGGUGGUUUUUUGUUUUGUUUUGUGUUAAGAAACAAAGCAAAGAACUUCUGCUGGUCCCAGAUAUGUGGUCACUCAACUUAAAAAAAAAAAAAACAAACAAAACAAAACAAACCUAUCUUUUUGAUAGUUUUUUUAUCAUCCAUUGAGGUUUUUUUGCUAGUAUUUUUUGUACGGUUGCACUUUAGUUUAUACUUUCUGCAAGUUUCUAUGGGAAGGAAGAGAAAGACACAUUAAGCCUUUUGUACUAAUCAUUUUAGGUAAUGAAGACAAAUACAGGAUAUUUUUGCCAUCUACUGGCAGUUAAGUGGACAUUUUCAGCUUUUGUCCCCUUUUUAAAACAAAAAUACCCCACAAAAUUGCCUUACUUUUGUUACAGAUUAUGCUUGGAUGCUCACUAACGUGACUUCACAGCUCGUUUUUCCAGAAGCCGCACAAAGUAGAAAGCUUCCAAAAAAAAAUCAGUUUUGUUGUUAGGUUCUCAUACUCUAAAUCCAAUGCAGCAGUGGUUGGAUUAUAAACCUGGCAGCAGAACAAUUUUGUUUUUAAAAGAAACACUGGAAAUGUUUGUAGUACUCCUAGGUUUUGUAAUGAGUUUUUUAUUAUAUUAUCAAGAUUAAAUAAAUAGUCUGGGCUGGAGGAUGGAUUUGGUACUGUGCCUGGUGGCUAUCCAAGGAUGCUUGUCUCUAGUGCUCUGGGGUUAGCAGGUCAUAUCUGGCGAGGAUGGAGAAUCCUGCAUGUAAAAAAAACCCCAUCCUAGAGCCAAAGCUGAGCAGCACCCAGCUCUUUAGCAGCUUUUGGGUCAGCAUCAAAGUGGGAGCAAACAGCCCUACAUGGUUUUGGGUGCUGGAGAUGAGCCCCUUUGCAAAGGAGCAGGAGGGGCUGGCUGAGCAUAUGUAGGAACAGACAUUAAUUUCCACCAGGAAAGAGUUAGGAGUGUCCAUACUUCCACUGUGAAAUGUAUUUGAAAUGUAAACGGCUGGUUAAAUUAUCAUUGCUCACAACUGAGCAUCUUUCCAGGUUGCUUGUCCUGGCAACACCUGUAGCCCAGUUGAUAAGGGGCUGGUGUGUUUGGUACAAUCUGUUGUUCAGAAUCAUGUAGAUGUACAGAUGUCUUGCCUUAAAAUUACACUUGUCCUCUGGGAUUUCUUUUACCGAGUGGGACUACUAGUAUUAAAUAGCAGCAAAUGCUCUUGGGAGGAAAUAUUUCCUUGCUGGAGGCGGGUGGGAUUUCUAGGUGGUAGGACAAGCGCUUUUAGCACUUGACAUCUUCUCAGACCCAUGCAAACGUUAACUCGUGUGUGGAUCUGCAAAACCAGUCCUGCCAAGGAGGUGGUUUUCCAUAUGGAGAGAAAGAAAGGGACAAAGCAACUUUCCUGCUGGAUGGCAGCAGAGGCAGUGGAGCAAGCAGGACUGAUGGAAGUGCCACUUAGAUGAAUGCAUCAGAUUGAACUGUCCAUUACAGCCUUACCCAAUCCUCACUGUGUUUUGAAAUAUUCUGAGAAUUUUAACAUUUUUUCCCCCCAAUUUGUUUUACCUUCAAACAGGCUGUUUUCUCAUUCCCAGCUGCAAAGAAGGUGCUGACCUCUGGUUACAUUUUCCAGGGGAAAAGUUUAAUUCUUACACUGUGGUCAAUUUUGUUUUGUGAGUUAUGCUGGUACAUGCACAAGCAUCAGGAAAAGCAGGGUAGAUGUAUUUGAACUACAGAAACUUGAAAUACUCCAAGUGCAAUUCUUCAAAAGCCACUGGGCAGCUGUGCUUUGCAAGCCACAAACUCAAAUUUGCUUCGGGCAGAGAGAGAGAAAAGGCAAAGGAUCAAGUUCAGUUAGGCUCCAGCAUUAACCUCCAGCUCCUGGAUGAGGCAAUGAAGAGAGAUUGUACUGUACUAGCUGGUGAAUAUAUAUGUAUAUAUUAUAUAUGGUUACAUAUAUAUAUAUAUAUAUAUAUAUAUAUAUAUAUAUAUAUAUAAAAAAUUUAAAAUGUAGGUAGUAUCCCUGUCAUUGGCCUCUCAUUUUCAUUUGCCCAGCAGGUAGGUGUGUGCCAUCACACACACUACUCCCAGCAUGCGAGAGGACCCAGAAAAAAGGGGGAUGAUAUUUUUACACCCUCUUUUAGAUAAAGCCCAUGAGAAGCUUAGCUGACCUCGUCAGACCCAGCAUGGCCUCAUCCAGGGAGAGGUGGCAUCAGGAGCCGUGAGCAUCCUGCCCUCCCACUGUCCCUGACCGGAGCCCUGGUGCCAAUGAGGUUUGGGCAGUUUUAUUUUCAGGAGUCAGAGCUGAGCAGACAAAGGCAGUGGGAUUUUUUUUUUUUCUCUUUAACAAGUCAGAAAUGCAUCUUCAGAGCGUGCAUCCAAUUUAGCAUUUCAUAAGGUGUGUAGAACCAUGGGGUAUAUAUGGGCAGUGUUGUAAAAAAUGAAGCAACUGGUUAGUAUCUGUUGUAUAAGCAUUUUUUUUUUGGUGUGAUUAUAGUGCUGUUUGUAUUGGAAUAGAUGAAGUUUGAACAAAAUAACCAUUCUGCCUACUCCUUUUCAUUUUACUGCUCUUUACCAUCAGUUGUCUUAUGUGCACUCCUAUAGAAGGAAGAGAGACCUAUAUACAGGACAUGAAAUCGUGCCUUCGAUAUACAUUAGGACUGCGCAGCUUUGUUUCAGGAGGUGCACAAAUCCCCCAGCUUAUGCAGAAUCCCACCGGUGAGACAUGCAGGCUGUGUUCCUAAAUACUUGAAGUACCAUUUGUUGUGCAAUUAUUUGGCUUCACCCUUUUACUAGCUGAGCGGGGGAAGAAGAAUCACACAUCCGUCCUUUUGGCGCACAAAGCAAAACUGAAUCCCAGUAUAACUGUAGUGUCUGUGGCCCAGCAUCUUUGGGCAGACAAAAUUCAGCUCUGUGAAAGAGAUGAACCAGGUUAGUCUGGUGCAACUUUUUGUUCGUACUAUAAGGAGUAUUUAUGAUAUUAUGCAAUUAAGGUUUCGUAUUUUAACAAAAAAAAUCAUAAAAAGCUCUGAGUAUAAGCAUUGCUUCAAACAUGUCAUUAAUAUGAACCUCAGAAAAAAAAUACUGAUCUCUAUAAAUCCUCUGUUCUCCUUGGCAUUUUAUGUUUUGUCAACUGAUGGGCUGGAGAAGGUUUUUGUCUUCAAAUUAAUUACUGUAGUACUUUCUGGGUGCAGCCGUUCUGGAAGGGCACAGGGCCUAGGUUCAGUUUUGUCCUUUGUGCAAGUAAUUGUGCAUUAGAUAAUCACAAUGAAGCCUUUUACCUUCCAUUUAUGGUGUGGAAAGUGUUUCUGGGUGUACUGCACUGCAUGUCAUAGCUGUCUCCGUGGUUGACAUUUGCACUUUAAUAAACUCAGAGAUGAAAAGAG